AUGGGUGGUCCGCACAUAUUCCCAAUAUUCUGUCACUUUCUGUUUCCGACGUUGAUACCCGAACUUCAGGCCCUCAACCUGCGCAUGAUCAAUGUCGGACCCGUCACUUGUGUCUCUGAAUUCUGCUAUGGCUUGAUCUCUGAAUUCUGCUAUGGCUUGAGUCUCGGAGACCAGAGCUGCGUCCAAGAGGCCCAGUAG